AUGGCUACUUACGAAGAAGAACGAAUCGGGCACACGCCGUGGGUUGAAAAAUAUAGACCUAAAAAGUUGGACGACGUGGCGUCCCAAAGCCAUGCAGUGAAAGUUUUAAAGAAAACGUUGGAGCUGGCCAACUUACCUCAUAUGCUCUUUUAUGGGCCUCCAGGAACAGGUAAAACGUCUACGAUGCUUGCGUUGGCGAAACAGUUGUACGGGCCCAGGUUGUAUAAGCUGAGAGUUUUGGAGCUCAAUGCUUCGGAUGAACGUGGUAUUUCGAUUGUGAGACAAAAGAUCAAGAACUUUGCUAGGUUGACGGUUUCCAACCCGUCUGCGGACGACUUGAGGGACUAUCCGUGUCCACCGUAUAAGAUUAUCAUUUUGGAUGAAGCAGACUCGAUGACGAACGAUGCCCAGUCGGCGUUGAGAAGAACCAUGGAGAACUACUCGCUGGUGACGCGGUUUUGUCUUAUUUGUAACUAUAUCACCAGGAUCAUUGAUCCAUUGGCAUCGAGAUGCUCCAAGUUCCGUUUCCGUUCGUUGGAUAACGAGAACGCGUUGCAGAGGUUGCAGUAUAUUGUCAACGAGGAGAACGUGCCGUUGAGCGGAGAGUCCGUGCUUGAAGAGAUUAUCAAUGUGUCUGGAGGUGAUUUACGUAAAGCCAUCACAUACCUACAAUCGGCAGCUCGACUUUCGGCGUCUUUGGAUAAUAAGGAACCUAUUACGGGGGCUAGAAUAAGGGAAAUCGCUGGUGUCAUUGAUGAGCAGCUUAUUGAGAAGAUCAUCCUGGCAAUCCGUACGAAGGACCAUCGUACCAUUGCUGCUCAGAUUGAAGAGGUUGUAUUUGAAGGAUGGAGCGCCCAACAAGUGGCCGACCAAUUGCACGAUAAAUUGGUCAUAGACGAUAACUUAUCGUCACAGGAGAAAAAUAACAUUGCUCGUGUUUUGUUCGAAUCAGAUAGACGCUUGAAUCACGGCACGGAAGAGCACAUCCAGCUCUUGAAUUUGGCUCUACAGAUUAGCCAGGUUUUGCAUUAA